AUGUUGGAGGAGCUUGAGCUGGAAGAAGCUUCGGAGGAAGAGAUGAGGCUGGUGGCGAGCAGGAGCAGACUUCCUCCUUCCUCUGGUGACGAGGAGCACGUGGAUGCCAAGAUCCUGCGCAUGAUGAAGCAGGUCAGGAGCGGGGCCUGGCUGACGAGAGAGGAGGCGUACAGCAUGCUGAGCACGGCCGGCGCUAGUGUGGAGGAAGAGGAGGUGAAGGCGAGCAGCAACGGGAAAGUUUCCCUGCUAGACAUCAUGAAAGUUUGCUUCCCCUGGACCCCGACGCGAGUUCUCCAGGAGCGUUGCAUGCACGCCAUGAGGGAGGAGGAGGACGGGCUGAAGGAGGAGGUCCGUCGCAGCUGCCACGAGCGGAGGCUGAGCAGGGAGCAGCAGGCGAUCGUGCAUGCGCUCUUUGCUCUCGCUGACGAGCAGGGGAACAACAAGAUCUUGACUGACAGCGAUCUCUUCAGCGAGGAGGAGGUCGAUUCGCUCCUUCAAGAUUUGCCUCGCUCAUCCUUCAUGUCACAACAAAAUUUCUUUCUCCUCAUCGAUUCAGCUUUCAAGUAA